CCUUCCAUCUCUGUGCUUAGACAUCAGUGGAUAAGGAAUGGCUGUGAUCAGUGGAUUGCCCACACGCUUUCCUAUGUGCGGACUGUGAGACACCAAAGCCUGCAACUCUCUCCUCCUCUGCCCAUCAAAAACUAGAAUCUGUUCCAGAUUCUUGAAGACAGACAUGUCAGCGGUGCUUCUCAGGGCCUCCGUCUGCCUUCUCCUCCUCCUCUUCCUCCACCAAAAGCUUGCCGCCUCAGCAAACGGAGGAGAUAGCUUCACCUACAGUGGAUUCAGGGGAGCCAAUCUUACCCUCGAUGGGGUGGCAGCCAUCUCAUCCGAUGGUCUUCUUGUAGUCACCAACAAGACGACGCAGAUAAAGGGCCAUGCCUUCCAUCCAUCCCCUCUUCACUUCAGGAAUCCAUCAAAUGGUACAAUCUUCUCCUUCUCCACCACUUUUGUCUUCGGCUUCGUCUCGGAAUUCACCAAUCUUAGUGGGAACGGCAUGGCUUUCCUUGUUUCUCCCACCAUGGACUUCUCCAAAGCCUUGGGUAGUCAGUACCUAGGCCUCUUCAAUCAGAGCAACAAUGGUAACUCGACCAAUCAUGUGCUUGCGAUUGAGCUUGACUCGAUCUUUAACCCCGAAUUCGCAGAUAUGAAUGACAACCAUGUCGGGAUCGACAUAAAUGGCUUGAAAUCCAACAAGUCCCAGUCUGCUGGUUACUAUGCUGAUGAUUCUGGUCUGCUCAAUACUUUAAGUCUUAGAAAUUGUGAAGCCGUGCAGGUUUGGGUAGACUACGACGGCCAAACGAAGCUCAUCAACGUUACCUUGGCUCCCGUCCGAAUGGCCAAGCCACACAAACCUCUGUUGUCUGACACCAUUGAUCUUUCAAGCGUGUUAUUAGAUCCCAUGUUUGUCGGCUUCUCGUCUUCCACUGGUCCUUUCCUGACGUCUCACUACGUUCUCGGAUGGAGCUUCAAGAUGAAUGGAGUAGCUCCGGACCUUGACGACUCCCUGCUGCCUGUGCUUCCUUGUCCCAGAUCUAAGGGUAAAUCAGACGUUUUGGUCAUUGUGCUGCCGUUGGCGUCGGCUGGACUCGUUCUAAUCACCGUAGGGAUCAUUGUGCUUCUCGUGAGACGGAGGAUUAAGUAUGCAGAGCUCCUCGAGGAUUGGGAGCUUGAGUACGGUCCUCAUCGGUUCUCCUACAAAGAUCUGUUCGAAGCUACCAAGGGUUUCAGAGACAAGGAGCUGCUCGGAAUGGGCGGGUUCGGAAGGGUCUACAAGGGGGUGCUGCAGACUUCUAAGGUGGAAGUUGCGGUGAAGAGAGUGUCUCAUGAAUCGAGACAGGGCAUGAGAGAGUUCAUAGCAGAGGUUGUCAGCAUCGGUCGCCUCCGCCACCGGAACCUUGUCCAGUUGCUGGGCUAUUGCCGGCGCAAAGGGGAGCUCCUGUUGGUGUACGACUACAUGCAAAAUGGGAGCCUCGACAAGUUCCUGUAUGACGAAGCCAAGCCUACUCUGGACUGGCCGACGCGCUUCCGGAUCAUCAAAGGCGUGGCAUCAGGCCUUCUCUAUCUACACGAAGACUGGGAGCAAGUCGUCAUCCACAGAGACGUCAAGGCAAGCAAUGUGCUGCUCGACCAUGAACUGAACGGAAGGCUGGGCGACUUUGGCCUAGCAAGGUUGUAUGAUCACGGAACUGCUCCCAAGACCACUCGUGUCGUCGGAACCAUGGGUUAUCUUGCUCCCGAGCUGGCUCGAACCGGCAAGGCCACCACCAUCACCGACGUGUUUGCGUUCGGGAUCUUCGUCUUGGAGGUUGCUUGCGGAAGGCGGCCGGUGGACCCGAUCACCUUCGGGGAGGAGCUCAUUUUGUUGGAUUGGGUGCUGGAGAAUUGGCGGAAGGGAUGCAUACAGGAGACGAGUGAUCCGAGGCUGGGAGAAGAAUUCGUGGUGGAGGAGAUGGAGCUGGUUUUGAAGCUUGGAUUGCUGUGCUCGCAUCCGCUGCCGGCGGGCAGGCCGAGCAUGCGCCAAGUUGUGGAGUACUUGGAGGGCAAUGCGCCACUCCCAGAGUUGUCGCCGACGUACCUCAGCUUCAGCGUUCUUGCGAUGCUUCACAACGAAGGCUUCGACGACUACAUCAUGUCCUAUCCUUCGUCGGUGGCCACUGCAACUUCUAUUUCCGGAGGUUUUCAGAAGCAGAUGGGAAGCAUCGCUUUAUGAGACGUCUCCCUCUCUUCUGUUCCUUCCUUUCCACAUAGCGACUGUUCUCUUUGCAUCGAUACGAAUCUACCAGGAGUCAGAUAAACUUGAUUAACAUGAUAUUUUGAUCCAAAGUAUACAUGAUGGGUUCA